AUGUCUUUCGGUUUCACUGACCUUUCCAAUAACAACAAUAACAUGUCCUUUGAUGAUAAAUGGGGAACUUCUCAACGUAAAACUGAUGAUCAUUUUGGACUUGAAGUUCAACCUUCUUCAACUUACCCUUCUUAUUCUGAUUUUCCUCCUGGUUUUAGCCCAACUGAGUUAUUCAAUUCACCUUUGUUUCUUUCUUCUCCAAAUGUUCCUGCAUCUUACACCACUGAUCCUUCUUCUGGCCAGUACUUCAACCGAAGAAACAGUUCAACUGAGGACCAACAAUGUAACAUGGUGGAAGAGAAAGAUUACUCUGACCUCUCUUUCCAAAUCGAAACAAAGCAUGUGCCUCUCUUUCAAUCUUCCACAAGCAUGUUUCAAGAACAGGAGCUAGUAAAGAAACAGGACACAUUGGUAUUCAAUGAAGCUGCAAAGCAAAUUGAUUUUUCAUCUGAGAGGAAAGCAACCAAAUCUGAAUAUCCAUCCACUCAGCACUUAUUCUCAGAAAUGAGCACAACCAAACCUGAAAUACAAAGUAAUUAUUCAGCUUCUGGGUCUGGUUACUUUAACAACACUAAUGCUUCUAUUAGAGAACAAAGGAGAACAGAAGAUGGGUACAAAUGGAGGAAAUAUGGAGAGAAACAAGUUAAAGGAAGUGAAAAUCCACGCAGUUAUUACAAGUGCACACAUCCAAAUUGCUCAACUAAGAAGAAAGUUGAGAGGACUUUGGAUGGACAUAUUACUGAAAUUAUAUACAAGGGAAGUCAUAGCCAUCCUAAGCCCCAGUCUACUAGAAGAACAAGUUCUCAAUCAAUUCUUCAAUCUUCUUCAUCAUGCAACAACUCAGGGAUUUCUGAUCAAUCUUUGGGAGAAGAAGACUUUGAGCAUUCAUCACAAACGAGUUAUUCUGGAGGGGAUGACAAUGACCUUGGACCAGAGGCCAAAAGAAGGAAGGAAGGGAAUGAAAAUGAUGGCUAUUCCUAUUCCUGUGGAAUAGGAACUGUUAAGGAACCUAGAGUUGUGGUUCAAACUACAAGCGAAAUUGAUAUACUUGACGAUGGCUAUAGGUGGAGAAAAUAUGGACAGAAAAUAGUUAAAGGGAACCCAAAUCCAAGGAGCUACUACAAAUGCAUAACCCAAGGUUGUCCAGUGAGAAAACAUGUUGAGCGAGCUGCACAUGAUAUGAAAGCUGUAAUCACAACCUAUGAAGGGAAACACAACCAUGAUGUUCCUAUAGGACGAGGAAGUGCAAGUCAGAGCAUGAACAAAACUUCGAUGAACAGCAACACUAGUAAUGUAACUAUCCCCACCCCUAUAAGGCCUUCAGUGGUGACUAAUUGUUCUGGCUCAACAACUUUCACAAAUUCACUUCAUGGUACAAAGAUACCAACAUCUGGAAGUCAAGAACCUUUUCCACUGGACUUGCUACUGAGCCCUGGAAGCUUUGGAUAUUCAGCUUUGGAUAGAUCAAUGAGUUCAUAUACCAAUCCUGAACAAUACUCAGAUGCAGCAAACUUGGCUAAGGAUGACUCAUUCCUUCAGUCUUUUCUGUCAAAGAACUUUUAAUUUUGGAAUUAGAACGUUCCACUUAUUAUCAUAGAUUUGUUUUUGGAGGAAUUUAGUUAUUCAUUUCAGAAUAGAAUAGAAAAAAUAAAUAAUGGGCAUGUACUUAUUUAUCUCACUAAGAUUAGACAGUAGAACCAUAGCAAUAUAAAGCUUGAUAGGAGUUGAGACUUAUUCUAACUUCAAUUUAAUGAUAGGAGACACAGAAAAGGAGUUGACCUCUGAAUUCUAUCAUUCUUAUGU